CACUAAUGACUAGAUCUAAUAUAUUUACUUACAAAGAAAGUAUAAGAGGCAUUGAAUUCACAUUUACCGCAUAUACAUUUCUCUCUAAAAAUAAACCCGUCGUUGUAUGUUUAUUCAGUACAUCAAAAGACAUACUUUCACUCGAAGUGUUUUAAAUGAUGUUUUGUCAUGGUACUAUUGUUUUAAUAUAUGUGCAUAUUUGUAAAACCAAUCCUUGAAUUCUACCUCUAAUGCCGCUGCUAGUGACCAUAGUGUUAAUAAAGGUCAGUUAAGUUCAGUUCAAUGAUCCACAAGGAUUCCUGGUCCGGAAAGGUCCCCACUGGUUUGUCUGGCCCAGACUCUCACCCCCAACACCGGGUUAGGCUCAGCAUGCCUAAUCUAACGACCAAAUGGAUCAGGUGAUCAGGAUUGGUGACUUCCUUGAUGGCGUGUUAUCUAUAACAACGGCUGCGUUGAUCGUUGUUCAUGAUAUCAAACACUGGAUUGUCUUGUCCAGACUUGAUUAUUUACAGGCCGCCGACAUGUAUCUGGAAUAUAUCUGAGUGCGGCGUUAUAGAACAAACAAACAAAAUGUGGCCCAGAAUUGAUUGUUCUCAAGCCGUUUUGCGCCGAUUCAUUUUGAUUUUUAUAUCGAAGAAAGUAAUUUUGGAAAUUUAGGAAUACGAACAAACACCUAAAUUACAUUUACCAAAAUUAAUGAAUUCUCGAAAUAACACACGUUUCUAGGGUAACUUACUUGGUGGAGCAAUGAACGUGCACGUCGUGUGGGGGCUGCUUCUGCUUGGCGUCUAUGAUGUUGCUGCGCUAACUAUCAUGGAGGCACUGGCUUCCAGGUACGACGUCAUGUCCUUCUCAAGUCUCGUACGAAGAGCCGGACUGGAGAGUCUCCUGAACAAAGGAAACUACACCGUCUUCGUCCCGGUAGACGCGGCGUUUCAACUGCUUCCCGAGCAGAUGAUUACGCGGCUGUAUCAGAAGGAGAACCUGCUAGAGUUGAAGGCCCUGGUCAAGUAUCACAUCGUGCCGUACACUUGGAACACGCACCACCACUGGACAGGGGAGAAAGUCAACACCCUGGCGUCAAAACCUGUACGCAUGGUCACCUACCCCCACAACCAGGUGACUGUUGUCAACGGUGUCGUCCUCACGGAAACCAACCUGAGCGUCUCUAAUGGCCAAAUCUUUCUGCUGAGCUCUACCCUGUCUCCUCCGACUUUUGAUAUUGCCCAAGACCUAUACCAGGAACCCAAUUACUCCUCGUUUCUGACUGCUGCCGCCUUGUCGGGAAUGACGAGCAAACUGAAAGAAGACAACAUCACAGUCAUUGCUCCAUAUGAUCUCGCAUUUACUAAAAUGGAUAAAAAUAAGACGGAUGCUUUGUUCAACAACAUACCCCUGCUACGAGCAUUGGUGGAAUUUCACAUCCUGCCAGGCGUGUACUACACUGGUGGUUUGUAUGACAAUGAGAAACUCUACGACGACAACUCUAAAUACGACAAUACCUACACCAUCCACCAAUUCGGUAAAGAUGGCUUCAGGGUUUCACCGUUUGAUGGAACCUUCUUGACCAAGAAUUGGCUUGCAACUAAUGGCGUCAUCCAUGCCAUCACUGGAGUGAAGUAUACAUGGCCGUUUUAUCGAGAUAUUGAUAAGAUAAUCGGCUAAAACCAAGGCCAAAGACAUCACAUUCUAAAUAAAGAGAUGUUCUGAUGUGAA